AUGUUAUCAUUAGAUUUAGAAUCUUUUGUUUUUAAAGAUUUGCUUCUAUUAAUAUUUUGGUUAUUUUUAUCAGAAAUCUUAGAUCUUUCAUCAGUAGUUUUUGAUGAUUCAUCAUUUAUUAAAACAGCAUCACUAAUUUCUGAUCCUUCAUUACUAUUUUUUGAAUUUUCAUUAAUAGUUUGA